AUGGGGGGGAGUACAGGAGAAAUAUGCCGCAUAUUUAAACCCUUCAACAUUCCAGACCAUCAAAGGGCGGCAUCACAGUCAGAGCUCGGAUCUGCGUCUGCAACAGCUGCGUCUGCGUCAGCUACACAAGUUAUGGCACCAACUUCGGUGACACCUACUGCAGCACCAGCGCCAGCAGAGAUUCCAAGGAUGUCUUUACCACCAGCAACGGUGGGAACACUCCCCAAGGUCCCAGUUUCGGGUGCUGAGCAGCCACCCCCUCUAAGGAGAUCUGGAAGGGUUAUCAGAGGUCCAGAAACAUUGAGCGAUUGUGUUUCGUAUUAA